CUCCCAGCUCUUUUCGCUUUCAGCUGGGAUUCGUUUUCGAAAAGAAAUCCUUUCCCUCCGGCCCGGCUGUGUGCCGAGCAGCGGCGGAGAUGUGACAGAGUGACGGAGAUUGGAGAAGAGCUCUGAGUUCCCCGCUCGGGCUGUCGGUGCUCCCUUGGGGGGGCUGUUGGGCGCUUUGUGAGGGUGAAGCGGCUCUGGAAGGUCACACAGCCAUCUUCUCCAGGCGGGUGCUGCAGCUUGCUGGUAUCGAGGCCUUUGGGAAUACAGGCUUGAGCUUUCUAGAAGAUGAAGCCCUGGCUGCAGUUGGUGUUCUUUACCAGUGUUUUCUUGAUCUGGCAUGCAGAGGCAGAGUUCUUCACUUCAAUAGGUCAAAUGACAGAUCUGAUUUAUGCAGAGAAGGACUUGGUACAGUCUUUGAAAGAAUACAUCCGAGCAGAAGAGACCAAACUGUCUCAGAUUAAAAGCUGGGCUGAGAAAAUGGAUGUGCUGACGAGCAAAUCCACUUCGGAUCCAGAGGGGUACCUGGCCCACCCUGUGAACGCUUACAAGCUGGUGAAGCGUUUAAAUACUGAUUGGCUGGAAUUAGAAAACCUGGUUCUUCAGGAUACAACAAAUGGCUUUAUCACAAAUCUCACGAUUCAGCGUCAGUUUUUUCCAACUGAAGAAGAUGAGACGGGGGCUGCCAAGGCUCUGAUGCGCCUGCAGGACACAUACAAACUGGACCCUGAAACUCUCUCUAGAGGGAACUUGCCAGGAACAAAAUAUAGGUCGUCUUUGACAGUGAGUGACUGCUUUGGUAUGGGCAAGACUGCUUACAAUGAUGGUGACUACUAUCACACAGUGCUCUGGAUGGAGCAAGCCUUAAAACAGCACGACGAGGGGGAGGAUACUACAGUCAGCAAAGUGGAGAUCCUGGAUUAUCUCAGCUAUGCUGUCUUCCAGUUUGGGGACUUGCACAGAGCCAUGGAGCUCACAAGGCGUCUGAUAUCCCUUGACAGCACUCAUGAGAGAGCAGGCAGCAAUCUGCGGUACUUUGAGAAGCUGCUGGAGAAGGAGAGAGAGAAGUCCUCAAACAAGACAGUGGCCACAACGGAACCCGUGGUGCAGAGUGGUGCCUAUGAGAGACCUCUUGACUACCUGCCAGAGCGUGAUAUCUAUGAGGCCCUCUGCAGAGGUGAAGGGGUGAAAAUGACACCUCGGAGGCAGAAAAGGCUGUUCUGUAGGUACCACAAUGGAAACAGAAACCCCCAUCUGCUCAUAGCUCCCUUCAAAGAAGAAGAUGAAUGGGAUAGCCCUCAUAUUGUACGCUAUUAUGAUGUCAUGUCUGAUGAGGAAAUUGAGAAAAUUAAACAACUGGCGAAACCAAGGCUGGCACGAGCCACAGUUCGUGAUCCCAAAACCGGUGUCCUUACAGUGGCUAGCUACAGGGUAUCAAAAAGUUCAUGGUUGGAGGAAGAUGAUGAUCCUGUCGUGGCUAAGGUGAACCAACGAAUGCAGCAGAUCACGGGGCUGACAGUGAAAACAGCUGAGCUGUUGCAGGUUGCUAAUUAUGGAAUGGGAGGGCAGUAUGAGCCACACUUCGAUUUUUCUAGGAAAGAUGAGCCAGAUGCUUUCAAGCGGUUAGGGACUGGAAAUCGUGUGGCCACUUUUUUAAACUAUAUGAGUGAUGUGGAAGCUGGAGGAGCUACAGUUUUCCCAGAUUUUGGGGCAGCCAUAUGGCCCAAGAAGGGAACAGCAGUGUUUUGGUACAACCUAUUCAGAAGUGGUGAGGGUGAUUAUAGAACAAGGCAUGCAGCUUGUCCAGUGCUAGUAGGGUGUAAAUGGGUUUCGAACAAAUGGUUUCAUGAAAGAGGAAAUGAAUUCUUACGACCUUGUGGGAGAACAGAGGUUGACUGAUAUCCAGCCUGCUGCAGACCUUUGUUUCUUUGUCUCUUUUUCUACUGUUUUUUUUU